AUGUUGCUUUGGGUGAACCCCUGGGCGGCUCCCGACGAGAAUCUCGAUCUUCGGACCCCAAGAGAGCGGUACUUUGAGCCACUAUCCUCGUCCAGUGAAUCUGAUGAUGAUAUCUACUUAAUAUCCGAUGAAGAUGAAGAUCGAAGUCACGAGAAUGAGGAUAGCGAUGACGACGAAAGCAGCGAUAGAAGUGGCACCUUGAGGAUCUUCUAUGACGUUACCGACAGCGAUGAAUACGAAUAUCCUGGAAGAUUGCAAAUACAAAACCGCCCGGUCGGUCAGCAUGUGGCGCGCCCUGUUCGGGACUUUGGCCUACAUUCAACGGGAGAAGAAUGCCUGGACCUGGAAAGGGUGCCGCUUGGCCUACAGUUUUGGGACAGCAUGACACUAAACCUAGAAGGGGGACCUGGAAAGUAUAUGCGGUUUGAUGCGUAUGCUCGAUAUGGCUUUUUACUAUGGGAAGAAUGGCGGAUGAUUGAAUUUGGGUUGUGGUCGAACAAACCCAUUGAAGAUAUGUCUGUGAUGUGGUCAUCCCGUCUGGUGGGGGCUCUUCCGUCUUCACCCAACCCCCAACAUCAUUCAAAUAGCCUUCAACAUCACUUGGCCUUUUUUCAAACACAGUGGAACUACCUACCCCAAAACCGUCGUUCCAUUCUACCCACCUCCUUGGAACUCGGUAAUUCCUACUGA